ACGCAUGCGCCAAUUGCAAUGUCGCCAAGGAGAAGUUGUUAAGCUGAUGAGUAACUAUUUAAACAGUGAAAUAACCUCAUAAACCUCAUAAACACAUACCCUCCAUGUUUACUACUGCCUCGACUGUCACUAACCGCGAGAAGAAGAACAAGGACGGCUAUGGAGAACGUCAAACACUUCCUCCAAGGACUGCAACUGGACAGCCAGUGCGGGUCAACCGCUCUUGUCACGGGGGCUGCCGCCUGCCUUGCCGGGGCUCUGGUGCUGCUGGCCCGGACAGUCGACGGCCGCCGAGCCGCUGGACGAAAGAUCCAGAAGGCCAAGAAGCUGAGAGAAGACGGGCUGCUUCGAGCCAACCAGGCUGUACUUCACUACAAGCAGUCGCACCCAAAUAUGGACUCUGCUCUCGUUUUGUCACUUUCCAUGGCUGAGCUGACAGAAAAACUUCAGGGUGACCUUCUGACACCCGAAGAUGUUUUUUACUCCUACAUGGAAAAGACUCUCUGUGUGGACAAAAAGCUGAACUGCUGCACCGCCAUUCUGCUGGAGAGCUUUAACCAGCUAAAAACUCUGGAACCCAACAAGCGAGGUCCCCUGUACGGCGUUCCAGUUAGCAUCAAGGACAACAUUGCGUACAAGAACUACGAUUCCACAUGCGGUCUGCUCAACAACGUGGACCAUCCAGCCAAGAGUGACUCUGUGAUUGUGGAAGUCCUGAAGAGACAAGGCGCUAUUCCCUUCGUGAAAACAAAUAUCCCCCAAGGGCUGUUAAGCUACGAGUGCAGCAACGUCAUCUAUGGACAGACUGUGAACCCACACAACCUCCAGAAGACCAGUGGAGGUUCAUCCGGUGGGGAGGGGGCUCUCAUCGGUGGUGGCGGCUCCUUGCUUGGCAUAGGCAGCGACAUCGGGGGCAGCAUCAGAAUCCCUGCUGCAUUCUGCGGGUUCUGUGCCUUGAAGCCAACGGCGGGUCGACUAAGCUCGCGUGGUGUCAGCAGUGCUAGCCCUGGGCAAAAGUCAUUGCGGAGUUCACCAGGGCCCAUGGCCAAGGAUGUGGACAGCCUGGCACUGUGCAUGCAGGCGCUGCUGUGUGACCACAUGUUUGACCUGGACCCCACUGUCCCACCUCUCUCCUUUAAUGUACAGACGUACAAGAGCUCCAAACCUCUGAGGAUCGGCUACAUUGAAAACAACUGCUUGACGCAACCCACACCCAGCAUGAUCCGAAGUAUGAGAGAAGUCAAAGCCCUGCUCGAGCAGGCGGGACACACUCUGGUGCCAUACACUCCUCCGAAGAUGAAUUAUGCUUUUGAGCUCAUCGUAAAGGGGAUCUUGGCAGAUGGUGCCUACACCCUGUUACAAAACCUUAAGGGUGGACCUCUUGACCCCUGUCUUAAAAUACAAGUGAGGCCUUACUGUCUUCCUAUAUGGCUGAAGAAGACCCUGUCCUUCCUGUUGAAGCCUCUGUCUCCUCGUGGUUCUUUUCUCCUGGAAAGCGUCACCGGAGUUGGAUCCAUUCCCAAGCUGUGGAAGCACCAUGCAGCUGUGGAGGAGUACAUUCAAGAAACAUUAGCAGAGUGGAGAAAGUGCAACAUGGAUGUGCUGCUGUGCCCAAUGUUUGGACCCGCUUUCAACCUCACGUACUGCAGCAGGCUUAUCUUUCCUCUUUCUUUCACGGCUAUCUACAAUCUGCUAAAUUUUCCGGCUGGCGUUGUUCCCGUGUCCACGGUGACAGCAGAGGAUGAGGAUGAGCUUCGCCAUUACAGAGGCUUCUUUCAGGACCACUGGGACAAGCUUUUCCAUGAGGCGGUGUCAGGAGGCCAGGGCCUUCCCAUGGCGGUGCAGUGUGUCGCCCCCCCGUGGCAGGACGAGCUGUGCCUGCGCUUCAUGAAGGAGGUGGAGGAGCUUGUUAAACUAAGCAGGAAGUAAGCGAGGCUGGAAAAAGUUAGCCUGAUCUAGUUAAAUCACAUUUAAAACAUAUUCCUCUUUGCACUCUUUUGGCUCCACUAUUCAUAUAAUAGUAACCUCUGACCUUACAAAUGGACACAACAUUAACACACUCCAACAUCUUGACGGUCUUCCAAGCAGAGUGGAAGUUUGUUGUUUUGCUCCAUGCUGGUGACGUCAUAGCCAGGUGUCCCAGUACGUCUUCUCGAUCGCACUUUAAUGAACCACGCAUUUAAUCCAAGUUAACCUCCAGAAGAGAUUAUUUUUGUUGGUCAUUUUUCACUCCUUUUGCACUAAUAACAUAAAACAAUGUUCAAUUAAAUGCAGUUUUUAACCAAUUAA